UUGUAUAACUACCUAAAAGUAGAACAAAAUAAAUCGGAAUAAAAAGAACUAAGAGAAGAGAGAAUAGUAUGGCCGUUAGCUGUCAAUUGUCGAUUUUUAUUUAUUUGCUAAAUAUGUCAGACCAAUAAAAAAAAUUAGUAAUUUAAUUCAGAAGACAACCAAGAGUUUAUUUUAGUUUUAUUGAAAAUUUCACAUUACCAUGGGAAGUACAGCAAAAGCCAUUGUUACUGGUUUUAUAUGCAGACUCUGUUCAGAACAAAAAAAAGUUGUUAUCCAUCUCUACACAGAAAGAGCCAGAAGAUUAGAUCUAUUGAAAAAGAUCAAACUUGUACCAGUUACACUCAAAAAAUAUGAUAACCUACCAAAAACGAUAUGCGAACAGUGUGUUAAACGCCUAGAAGAUCAAUAUAAUUUGUUACAAAAAAUAAAAAAAAGUCAUGUAAUCCAUACUAGGCAUAGAAUGCAUCAUAGUAAUGGUAGAUGCCCUGUGGAGUGUCCUUUGCAUGGUCUGGGAGAUCCAACUUGGCCUGAAGUUACAUUAGAUGAGGCUACAGACAGUGCCAAUUAAUAAUUUUGUAAAUUAAAUACCUACUCCCAUGGAGAUGUACAUAUUAAAUUUAGAUUUACUUUAAGAUAUUAAUUUUACAUGUCUUUUUGUGAGUGAUACUAUGUAAUAUCUGUCUUUUAUACAAUAUACAGGGUUAAGCAAAGACAAAUAUUAAAUUAAG